AUGAAGCGCACAAAAACAUCAGCAAAGAAGAACACACAAGAAGAGGGUUCGUCUCAGCGAGAGAAGCAAAGUCCAAAGAAGUGGGAUAAGUCUGCUACCACCCACUACAACGACAUGAAGAAGGUAGCCGUUCGGGCUACACAACUAGCAUGUCCUGAGACGAUGACAAAAUUGAGAAUCAAAUCAGACAUUGAAGGGCUGUUCCAGAACAUGGGUCUAGGCCAACUAUGCAACCUCAACGAACCCACUUAUCCGGAGUUGGUACGCCAGUUCAUAGCAUCCGCAUACGUCAGCCAUCCCGAUGAUAGCCACCAGGAAGGUUUUCUGGCAUUCAUAGUGCAGAAA